CUUCCUUCGUCGGAAGGGCCCAUGUCCCUGCCGACUGACCGCCUGCCCUCGUUGGAGGGAGAGAAGGGGCGGAUACCGUCGGUAGAAGGACCUGCCCCGUUGAUCGGCCGUCUGGCCUCGCUGGAGGGGGCGCCACUGCGCGGGGACCCGUCCGUACCACAGCUGGUGCUCACCAGUGGCCAGAUGGCGCCAGGCAUCCAGGGUGCUCAGCUCAUCAUACCCACAGCGCAAGGUGUCACAGUGCAGCCCAUCAUCGCGAUCCCGGCCGCCCUGGUGGCUGGCGGGCUGGCCCAGCUGUGUCUGAGCGCAGGACACGUGCUGGCUGCCACCCCGGCCAACCUGCAGGCCCUGGCUGCCUCUGCAGGCAUGGAGCCGGCGCCGCUGUCCCGGUCUGAACCUCAGCCUCCAGCUCACAUCACCAGGUCGGGUCGCCCCAGGAGCAGCCCAGCCGCAGUGGACUCACGGUCCGUUCACAUCGGGGGUGACCUGGCGCUCACUGGCCGAGCCGCCCCUCACCCCACCAGCCCGGCAGGCGUGCACUCGCCAGAGUCGCUCACUGAGGACGACAACGAGCCUACCGUUCGGCAGGCGACCGGCGCCGAUGUGGACGGGGUCGACCUCCAACAGGUGAAGGAGUUCGCUCGCGUCUUCAAGAUGCGCCGUCUCAGCCUCGGACUGACGCAGACUCAGGUGGGGCAGGCACUAAGCGUCAGCAUGGGUCCCGCUUACAGCCAAUCGGCCAUCUGCAGGUUUGAGAAUCUGGACAUAACGCCAAAAAGUGCUCAGAAGAUCAAACCGAUCCUUGAAAAGUGGCUACAGGAAGCAGAAGCAAUGUACAGACAGAAGAUGUGUGUUCAGAAGAUGGGGAACAUCACCGGCAUUCCGCCACUGAAGAAACGGAAACGACGAACCUCAUUCACACCGCAGGCGCUGGAAGCACUGAACGCUCACUUCGCGAGAAACACGCAUCCAACCGGACACGAGAUCACCCAUCUGGCCAGCCGCCUCGGCUAUGAGCGCGAGGUGGUACGCAUCUGGUUCUGCAACAAGCGGCAGGCGCUGAAGAGCACAGUGCGUCUGGUGACUGGUCGAACGGGGCGCGGCUCCCCGCCCGGCGCAGGUCGGGAGGAGCCCCGGAGGCCGCUCACGGAGCCCGGACAGCCGCGAUCACCCGACAGCUGAGGCUGGAGGGACCAUCACCAAUUCACCACAGGACAGCAAUGUUAGCAGCACGUGGGACCAUUCUAUAGACAAAGAUAUAACUCGCGUACCCAUACGCAAUUUAUACCAAUAACCAAUGGUCAUAUUGUGCAGCAUACGGCCAGCGCAGCUGUGACAGAGCAGCGACUCUUAAGUCUUUACUUCCUGUACAACGAGGUGUGUCAACAGCAAUCAGCUACAGUUUGUCUAUCUAGGGGGAUGCCGUCCUCCAGCAGUAGCGCCCGCGGAACCCAGCCUUCUGUCUGUGCCGUGAGGUCCCAAGUUCGCUAUGGACUAUGCCGAGCACGGACUCUGUGUUCCUCAUUGCGUCUGUAGGUAUUUCAUCCAGUGUCUGCUCAUUCGGGGUGUCUGUGCUAAUGUUUCCAUUAAUUGUGUCGCAUGUGUCAUUCAUUGCCAUACUUGACUUUUUAUAGAUCGUCAUAUCAUGCGUUUUGUACCUUUUAGUGGGCCUAUCUCGUCCCAUGAGUUGUGUGCCAUACCUACGUUUCAUGUGUCUGAUGUGAACAAAUGCCCGAUGCC